GUGACACCGGAAUCGCCGUCGCUGCGGAUCGAUCCGCGGGGUGUCUUCCCCUUCCCCCCCGCUCUUUUGGCGAGUGAGCGUGAAGCGAUGGCGGCGCUGCGAGUGCUGGAGCUGCUCUUCGUCUUCUACUUCGCGUCUCACAUCCCCAUCACGCUGCUCUUCGACUCGCAGGCGCUGCUGCCCAAGGGCUCGUUGCCGCCGCUGCUGAGCGAUCCAAUGAAGUGGUAUAUUCAGAAAUUCAAGGACUCCCUCAUGGCCAAUCCACCGACUUGGUUCUACGCCUUCAUCUACUCCGAGGUCUUCCUGCAGCUGCCCUUCUUUCCCAUUGCCACUUAUGCCUUCUACAAGGGCGGCCGCCGCUGGAUCCGCAUCCCGGCCAUCAUCUACGCGAGCCACGUUACCACCUCGCUCCUGCCCAUCCUCUCGCACGUGCUUCUACACGAUUUCACGGUGCCCCCGGGCACCAAGGGCGUUGCGGGCCCCAGCACCAUGCACGAGCGCCUCUCCCUGGUUGCCGUGUAUCUGCCCUACCUGCUCAUCCCACUGCUGAUCAUCGCCACCAUGUGCCUGAGCAGCACCUACGCCGGCCCACCCGCCUCCAUCGCCUUAUCCGCCAAACAAAAGAAGAAGUGAUUUGGCUCGAUGUGAUGCGUGCGGACAGCGCAAAGAAAAAAUCCUUUAAAGCUCCUUGGCCCCCCGUUUUGUAAUGUAACCCGCUAGCCCAAUUGCACGUUGAAAUUGUUUUCAUGUAAGCAUAAAAUGAACUGUGGGAUAGCGCCAUGGUGCAAUGGAUGGCUCGCUGCAUUUGCAAUGCAGAAGU